AUGCCCGAGUGUCCCCAUGCCACCAUUGUGGAGUCUAAUGGCAGAUUGCCGGAGCGUGUGUCAGACAUCUCAUGUGGCAAAAAGGGCUUUCACGUUCCUCCGCCAUACUCACUCUUUAGUGUUGGAAAAGCAGAAAUAAUCGCCUAUGGGGCGGGACUACAACUGGAUAGCCCCAAGCCCGUGAUUAGUUGUGCCCAAGACGACGACCGGUGGUUAGGAGAGUACUCCAUCAAACGCUUUCUCAUCGAUCAAAACAAGAUCAUGUCAGUCUUCAGGGAAGCAGGAAUGUAUACGAGUCGGAGUGGUGCCCCAAAGGAUACUCCUUUCCAGGAGAUGAAGCAUGUCGUAAUCCCCGGCCACGACUUCCACAAGAGACGACUCCGGCGCUUGAUGAAGACUCUGAGUGGGCUUGGCUUCUUGACGAGUCACUUGUCGGUGGAAAACGCAGAGUGGAACCCGCUUCCAAAAAGAGAAAAACGCAUCCUCCCCGGAAGCACUUGGUACACAUCCUUCGUCCUAUUCCCUUGGAAAGACGUACUCCGUUACGGAUAUACUAUUGCCGUCCAACCCCGAUCAGAACGCUGGGAGACACGGACAAGUUCUACUCGUGGUACCGGUGUCUAUUCCAUUCUGAAGCAGAACAAGGAAACUAGCAUCUAUGUCGACAUAAGGGCACCUGCUUGCUUCUCGGAUGGCUUCAAAUCCGUCACGCCUAGAUCUAACGCUGCGGGGAAAGUUGGGCAAGGGUCUCAAUGGAGCAUGUGUUGCAACACAUUCCACUAUGUGGCCAGACCCGGACACCAUAGACAUUUCCACUCCUGCUCUGGAUUUGCCAAGAACUCUAUCCGGGAGCGUGGUGUCGGGCUGAUUGUUGAGAUGACGCUCGUCCCUGAUUUCCCCGAACGACGACAAAGGAAGGCUAAGGGCCAGGUUGGUCUCGAGAACGAGAAACGGAUUUUCGGUCGCGAGGACGUCUCCAUGGACAAUUUCCUCUACGACCCAAAAAUUGAGUGGGCGGUAGCAGAUAAGGUCAAAUUUUCUCCUUGGCAGUUGAGCCCGCUUCGGUCUGCUGCCCAUCUUGUAUGGAUGUACAUUUCUUAUGCCAAAAACAUCGGGUUUAACGUACACAACUGGUGGAGAUCUUGGGUAUAUAUUGUGAUAUACGUGAGCUUUAUUCUAGACAGUGAUACCUCAAACGACGGGAGCAGGCCAUCGCGAAGGAAGAUGCGCGAUCGAUACGGCAAGCUACCUGGGGAUUAUCCCAGUAUUCCUCUCGUCCCGCCAAUGACCAUCCCGUCGAACGCAUGGUGA